GGGUGUAGCCAGUGCCCUCUCAUAACACAGACCAUCGAUGCACUUCCAGAGCACAAGCAAACAACUCAGUCUUGCUGUGUCACUGCUGUGGGCUUGCUUUUUGCUUCAGUGUUUACUGAGAGCUGGAGAUCUGGUUUUAAACCCCAAAAGCAGCAGGUCCCUGCGUGAGGAUGUCUGAGCUCAGCGAGGAGAUGGUUGCAGAGCUGCUGUCUCUGGAGAAGAGGAAUCUCAUUCAGAACCCCCACGGAGCAGAGCAGUUUGAAGGUUGGGAGAUCACAGAAAAUGGUGGCAGUCAGUGGCGUGUGGAAGAGCUCCCAGGGGAUUGUGGGAAGGAAUUCCCAGACGAGACGGUCCAGAGCUACUUUGCUACGUCCUUUGAGCUGUGUCUGAAGAAGCAGCUGGUGGACCUGCAAGCUGAGGGCUACUCCGAAGAGUUGCUGGACACGGUGCAGCCCAAGAUCAUGGUGCAAGACUGGUAUGCUGGGCGCUCAGACUGCGGCUGCACUUACCAGCUAUGUGUGUCUCUGCUCAACGAGAGCCAGGAGAUAGUCCAGGAAUUCAAACCAGACCCUGUGAGCUUGGACCCGGAGAACUCAGACUGCAGCUGGAACCAGAUGACGCACACCUUCGAGGGUUAUGGCCCUGGAGUUCGCUUUGUUAGUUUUGAACACGGAGGUCAGGACACCAAGUACUGGGAUGGCUGGUUUGGGGUUCGAGUCACAAACAGCUCAGUGGAAGUGCAGCUAUGAGGGGG